UUGAUGCAAAUUAUGGCAAGAAUUAAUGUAGCAACAUGCGACCGUGGAGUGGAGGAUUGACUGUUAAGUAGAAAGUUUUGUCGUGAUCCUAAAAAACUCAAAUCUUGAUGAAUUGCUGAAAGCAACGGGAACGGCUCGUGCUAUCCAUUCGCAGACCACACGCCCAUCAAUGGCGCCACGCGAAUUCACCGUGCCCCACCCCAUCCCAACGCAGCCAACAUCGUACUACCCAAUCAGCACGAUUUAUAUAGCGCUGGAUAUAUAGCGUGCCGAGUUUAGAGAGGGAGAGAGAGAGAAAGGGGGAGUGAUAUUCAUCAUAAAGAAGCUCUAUAUACAUAUAGAGAGAGAGAGAGGAGGCAAAGUUGGGAUCUUGGUGAAGAUGGCGGCAUGGUUGGAGGGGCUAAAGCAGCUGAGGCCACUGGUGCACCUGCUGUUGCCACUGAUGGUGCAUUGGAUUGCUGAUGAGAUGACUGUUUCUGUGCUGGUUGACCUCACUACCAACGCUCUUUGUCCAGGCGACACCAAUUGCCCUGAAGCCAUCUAUAUCAAUGGCAUCCAGCAAACUAUUGUUGGAAUAUUCAAGAUGAUAGUUAUACCACUCAUGGGUCAGCUGUCUGAUGAGUAUGGACGUAAACCUUUCCUGCUUCUCACAGUAUCGACGAAUAUUGUUCCUUUCAGUUUACUUGCCAUCAAUCAAUCUAGAGGAACAGUCUAUGCUUAUUAUGCUCUUCGCACUAUUGCUAUGAUAAUAAGCAAGGGGACCAUUUUCUGCAUUGCAGUCGCAUAUGCUGCAGAUAUAGUCGAUGUGGGCAAGAGGGCUGCUGUCUUCAGUUGGAUGACGGGCCUUUUCUCUAUAUCACUUGUCGUAGGAAACUUGCUAGCGCGUUUUCUUCCUGAAGAAUAUAUUUUCCAGGUGUCAAUAGUUCUGUUGAUCUUCGUCCCAGUUUACAUGUCCCUGUUUCUGAAAGAAACAAUAAGAUCAACUCGAAAACCUGACGAUGACAAUUCUUGCUUAAACAAGGCAGUUAAGAUCGUUACAAAUCGAUAUUACUCGAUGAAGAAUGCUGCUUAUGUUGUCACUAGCAGCUCAACACUUAAGCGCAUUUCUUUUGUAUCCUUCUUCUACGAGCUGGGAUCAUCUGGUAUCAGCAGUGUCAUAAUGUACUAUAUGAAGGCAGUUUUUGGUUUUGACAAAAAUCAAUUAUCAGAAGUUUCAAUGAUUGUGGAAAUAGGAUCAAUUUUUUCCCAGAUAUUGGUGCUGCCUCUACUUAAUCCCUUGGUUGGCGAGAGAGUGAUUCUUUGUGUAGCCUUGCUCGCAUAUACUGGAUAUGGAUUGCUUUAUGGCUUGGCCUGGGCACCAUGGGUGCCUUAUGUGAGUACUUCUUUUGGAAUCAUCUACGUCCUUGUCAAACCCGCUACCUAUGCAGUGAUAUCUAAGGGAUCAACUUCAGCAGAUCAGGGGAAAGCACAAGGUUUCGUGGCUGGCGUUCAGUCCAUUGCAAGCUUUCUCUCGCCACUUGCGAUGAGUCCUCUAACCACGUGGUUUCUGUCAAGCGAUGCGCCAUUCAACUGUAAAGGUUUCAGCAUUAUAAUCGCCACUCUGAGCACGGUGGUCGCGUUGUGCUUUGCUUGGACGCUAAACCUAGACGCUCCGCCGAAGAAGAAUGCAGAGGCGGAGGAGCAAGCUGAAGAUGUCGAAACACCACUUCUGUCAUAAGCUCAUACAAGUGGUCCUUGGGAAGGAGCUAUUCUUUCUUUGGUUUAAAACCAUCUAUGGCUAUCUCUCUCUAAAUGAAAAUGAUGGUAUGCAAGUGAAGAAUAAUGAGGGCGACGAUGAUAUAAUAGUCAUCUGAUGAGGUUGAUAAUGAAGGAUAGAGAGUAGUUUGUAUAUCAAGUAGUUCCACUUAAAUAAGCUGCAUCAUAUCUUAUGAAUUUCGAUUUAGUUUUUUUUUUUAAUUAGCUACCGUUGAUUUUCUUUUAUUUGGGUUGGUUUAAUUUUAGAAUGCGGUUAUUUUAGUUGUAAAAUUUUCAUUGAAAAAUGAUGUAUAAGAAAAUAUGAAAAAAAAAAAACAAAAA